AUGCCUAUGUAUGUGCUGUUCCUUAUCGCCCAGCUGUCCAGGACAUCCGCCAUCCCCCACUUUCAGAGCACUAACAAGAAACCAAGGAAACUCGACGGAAGCUGCCAAUGCGGCGGCAUCGAAUUCUCUCUUCAAUCCCAGACGCCCGUACCCUACCAGCUCUGCGCCUGCAGCAUCUGCCGCAAAGUAGGCGGAUAUAGCGGCAGCGUGAACCUAGGCGGCAUAGCCGACAGCCUCCAGAUUCUCAAAGGCAAAGACCUGAUUAAAAAAUAUACCGGAAUGAAGGAUCGCGGCACACCCAAUGAAGAGCGCUGCUCCUCCGAACGCAACUUCUGUUCCAACUGCAGCACCAUGCUGUGGGUGUGGGACCGCCACUGGCCCGAACUGAUUCAUCCAUUUGCUUCUGCUAUUGAUACUGAGCUGCCCAUGCCGGAUCAAAUGGUUUGUGUGAUGGGUGGAUCGAAGCCGGACUGGGUGCGAUGGCCAGAGGGGAAGAAGAGCGUGCAUGAGCUUUAUGGAGAUGAUAGUCUCGAGGGAUGGCAUAAAAAGCAUGGGUUUUUCGUAGAGUAA